AUGCGAUCUCACUCUUCGUUAGCAAAUAUCUCUGCCAAUAUAGAAUUACAUCCUCAAAAUGACGCUUUGGGUGGAGGAACGUCCAAAAAUAAAUUUAUUAAACGUCCAUUAAAUGCUUAUAUGAUUUGGACAAGACAAGAAAGAAAAAGAAUUUUGGCAGAUGAUCCAAAAAUGAAAAUGAAUGAAGUUAGCAAAGCGAUGGGAGAAAGAUGGAAGAAAAUGACCGAUAAAGAGAAGAAACCUUUCUUUGAAGAAGCUAAAAAACAUUCUGAGGAACACAAACAGGUCCUUCAAGAACACCCAGAAUUUCAAUAUGCCCCUUCAAAAAAGAAAGGACCCAAAAAAGCGAUAGACGGUUCUGUAAAGGGCGGGAUUCAACAACAAUCUUUGGCUGAUUCUUCCUCUUUAAAAUCUUGUACAGCAACACCUGAAGCUUCUCGAAGUACGACACCUAAUAGGGGAGCAGCUAAUCUUAUUGCUCCACAACCAAUUACACAAAAUCAAGUAUUUUCACCUUUUCAAUCUCCACUUGCAUCUCAAAUGGCACAAGUAUUACAACGUGUUGGAAAUACAGGCCAUUUUGGUCAGCCAAAUGUCUCCGCUCCAAAUUCUUCAAUGCCCGGAUCUAUUUUAGCCCCUGCAGGAACUUUUCCCCAAGCUUUUCUCCCACAAGGAUUUCCUCAACGAGUGGCUGCUACUUCUGCUUCUAUUUUAGGGGGUAUUUCCCAGUCUGGAGGUUCUAUAGCUAAUUCUAGUGCAGGUGGAAAUAGAACGCCUGUGCAAAUGCUUGAUCUCUACUACAACUCGCUUUGCCAGCCUGCCUUUCCGAAUAUUACGGAGAAUCCGGUUAAUCCUCUAGGAAUGUACCAGCCUCAUUAUUUUCUUGAACAAUAUAAUCAACAACUUUCCCAACAACAACAACAACAACAACAACAGAGCUCUGGAGGGCAAGGCGGAGGGAAUAACAAUUCAAAUGGUGGUGGACAAUUUGGCUAA